GAUAUUAAGGAAGGAGAAGCAGCAUAUGAGCAGACAAACUCAAGAUUGCAGAAUCAUGUCCACGUAAGUAUCUCUCUCUUACCCUCUCUGCCUUUAUUGAAUGCUCAUAGAAGCAGGACCCCAUGCAUAUGACUCAUUCAUGGUCACUGGCUCACUGCUUGCCCCAUAAAAAUCAGCCUCAGACAAUAUCAUGUAAGAGAAACAGAUGAAGGGCCGGGCAGGCACAUGGGUUUUCCUGUCCUUGGUCCCUCUGCUUGUCUUUGGCUGUUUUUUAUUUUUUUCCUGGUUUUAUUGCUUUAAUUUCUCCUCAUCUUCAACAUCCUUGUUUGUUUGUUUGUUUUUUUUUUUUUUCAUCGUCAGUCACAAGAUUCCUCCUACCUAUCUAGUUCGCUCAAAAAAUAAAGUUUUGAGAAGAUAAGACAAGUUUCACUUCAUCAAUCUGAAAAUUUCAUUUCCAAUUAAGUGAAUCUAAGUCUGAAUUGAAAAUGACAUAUGAUCAUUUUUUGUCGUUGAAGACUUGUAACAUAUGGCACCUAGAUGUAACCACCAUGGGUUAGAGGGAAGAGAACGUGUCCUAUUUGAAGCACGGAUCUAGAUCCAAUCAACUCACCCAAUUUCCCACACUCUCACUCGCUGCCACUCACAAAUUCUUUGGCUUUUUCUUUGAAGGGAGAGAGAAAAGGAGUAAAGUUUGAAGUUUUGGCUUUGACUGUCCUCGAUAGGCACUAGAAUCCAAUAUAUACAGCAGCAGCAGAAGUGAAGAAAUUGAUGGUCGCUCUGCUUCUGCAGCUGCUGCUAGCUUCUGAAAAUAGCCUUGAAAGAAGGCGGUGGUUUGGCCUUUGUAGAAAAAGUUUGAAACUUGAAAGCUGAAACUGUGUAAACUGAAAAACCCAGUUAGAAUUUGAAGGGGAAGAGCAAGGGGAGCCAUCAUCACCCAUGUUUCUCUCCUGGGAAUAAGUGAAUUAGAGGGAGUGAAGGGAGGGAGAUACUGCACGUCUACAGUUCUACUCACUCUUAACAAGUUGGUAGGUGUUGGUUGUGGUUGAGAAAGAAGUUUUACUUGUAAAGAGCUCACUCCUUAGUCCUUACUCUCUCAAAAUCAAAGAAGAAAAGCAAUUUCAGAAAAGGAACACAAGGCCUUAAUUGAGUUUUGAGUGGGUGUGGAAACCUUUAACUUUCCGUCAUGGAUGGUUAUGAAGCAACAAAAAUGGUACUUUCAAGAAUCCAGAGCUUAGAUCCAGAAAAUGCCUCCAAAAUCAUGGGUCUUUUGCUCAUUCAAGAUCAUGGAGAAAAGGAGAUGAUUCGUUUAGCUUUCGGUCCGGAAGCCCUUGUUCAUUCUGUGAUUCUUAAAGCAAGAAAGGAGCUGGGAUUGGCCUCUAAUUCUCCUUCUGCACCCACUACUCCUUCAUCCCCAUCUCCUUUUCUUGGAAAUAAUCCAAACCCAGUUCCAUUUUCAAGGCAAAAUUCUUCAAGGCUUAGUGGAGUAAAUCCUCAACCUUCUCUGACAAUUCCAAACUCCGCCUCUUCUGGUAACUCUACUUGGAGUGGUCUGUCUGAUCUUCCAACCCCAGAUGAAUUGAUUAGCCCAAAUGGUAGCUCUUUGAAUCCCUCUUCCUUACCCUUCUAUGGAAAUGGAGGAGGAUCUGAUAUGAUUGCUGAGUUUCAGCUUCAGGACCAACUAUCUUUCCUCAAUGAGAACACACAAAACCCCAAAAACCAUGAUUUGUUCUACCCUCAUACAGACUUAGCUUCAAGCCCACCUGGUGGCGGUUGUGGUGGUGCUGACAUGGUUUUUCCGUCUUGCUGGGGCGGUUCUGUUCACAGGCGGAGCUGCUCGGUUAACGACGUUCUGGGGUCAGAUGAUCCUGCUUCAGGGUUAGGCUGGAGGCCAUGCUUGUACUUCGCAAGAGGGUACUGCAAGAAUGGGAAUAGCUGCAGGUUUAUCCACGGCAGCCUAGGAGAGUCCGCCUCCGCCGCCAUGCUAGGUGGUGCAGAUGGUGUAGCUAUGGUUGGUUCACCUAGCAAAAUAGACAUGACGGACCAGUGCUAUGAUAUACUCAGAUCCAAGUCUGCUCAACAGCAGAGACUGGCUGCUGCUUCUCAACUCAUGGGUUCUGCUUCUUUCCCCUAUUCUCCAAAGUCCCUGAACCUGUUUCUUCAACAGCAACAAACUGAUACUCAGAGAGCUGCUGCUGCAGCCUUAAUGAUGGGGGGAGAUGACAUGCUCAAAUUUGGCCGUUCAAGGCUUGAAAGGAAUGGCUUUUCAUUGAAUGGCGAGGUAAUAAACCCAGCAUCGAGACAGAUCUACCUCACUUUCCCUUCUGAUAGCACUUUCAGAGAGGAAGAUGUCUCGAAUUACUUCAGUAUUUAUGGACCUGUUCAAGAUGUGAGGAUUCCAUACCAACAAAAAAGAAUGUUUGGGUUUGUUACUUUUGUUUAUCCUGAGACUGUGAAGAUCAUUCUGGCUAAAGGAAACCCUCAUUUCGUCUGUGAUGCUCGGGUUCUUGUUAAGCCCUACAAAGAGAAAGGAAAAGUCCCAGACAAGUACAGAAAGCAGCAGCAACAAGUGGAGAGGGGAGAGUUCUCUCCUUGUGGUACUCCUACUGGCCUUGAUUCAAGAGACCCAUUUGAUCUUCAGCUUGGGACGAGGAUGUUCUAUAAUACCCAGGAUCUGUUAUGGAGGAGGAAGUUAGAGGAGCAAGCUGAUCUCCAGCAGGCCCUUGAACUGCAUAGCAAAAGGCUAAUGGGUCUGCAACUUCUUGAUGUCAAGAACCAUCACCAUCACAGGGCUCUUUCUAGUGGAAGUCCCAUUCCUUCACCCACCACUCACUCACCGAACCUCUUCAACCACCAAUCCUUUGUGCUUCCCCCAUGGAAUGGUGGCACAGAACUUCCUGAGAAUUGCUCUAGCCCCAUCCCUGCAAUUUCUGUCACUGCUCCCCCUGAGAAGCAGGCAACAAAUGGGGCUGCUGCCAGUAGCAGUGAAGAGAGUGGCAGUGGGAAGGAGAGUCCUCACUGUGAAGAUCUUCCAGUAAGUUUGGAGCACAAUCUCCCUGAUAGUCCCUUUGCAUCUCCUACAAAAGUCCCUGAAGAGUUCUUACCGGCAGCUUUCUCAAAUGCUAGUGAAGCCGAGAAAGAUGCUCCUGUCCCAGUUUCAUCUUCUGCUAACAAUAAUUUGGUUUCUUCAACCUUUAUAUCUGCUAAUAACUCACUGGACAUGGGAUCUUUCAAGUCCUUUAACUGCCAAAUGCCCAGGUUCUCAUCCGGACACGGCGGAGCUAUUACUAUGUAUGCCAGCAACGGCGGUGGACCAACCUGCCUUGCUUCUUCCUUUGCUUAGGUAGAUGGAUAUACAUAACACAUAGGAUUCUUAACUUUUGCGCACUGUUUGGUUUGAUUUAUUUGCAUUACUAGGUGUGGGGUUGUUAUGCUAAUCAAGGUUUUGGCCUUUUUGUUAACAAUUACAGGAAGAUAGAAAAGUAUAACCAAACAAAGAACUCACAUCAGAUAUCUGUUAGGGAAGAGAUCACCACCACCAUCCCAGCCAUCAUCCAUCGUCAGCAAUAUCAUACUUACUACCAUACAAAUUGCAUACGGAAAAGGCAGCAUGAGGAAGUGGGUCAGCCAUUCCUUUCUUUGUUGUACUACUUUAUAAAUCUCUUUGUUCAGUAGUUGCAGGUUAUGGACCACAGGUAAAAAAAAAAAGAAGGCAUAGUAAAGAAAAAGGGAAGAAAUACACAGUCAAUGUGUAGUUGUAAGUUGUAACUCCCCUAUGAAGAACUGUAAUAUCCUCCUCCCUCCAUGGUUUCCUUAGGAGAAACAGAGGAAAAAGGUUCCAUUUUUAGGGUUAGGGUUCUUAGGAUAUAAUCCAAAAUCAAAUCUUUCUGUACAGGUAGCUGUGGGUAAUUCAACAUGUGUGACAACAAAAGUUAAUGUUUACCCAAGAAGGGUAAAAAAUCUGGGGGUAAUCAAAGGAAGGAGAAGAAAUUGUCCGAAAUUGGGAUUUUUCCCCCCUUAAUGAGAUUGUACUCCUAGUACUGUUACUACUAUUGUAUUAGUUGCCACAGAAAGAGAAGUAAAAGAAAGUGGAUUUG